AUGAACCGGAGUACUACAAUGUUCCUCAUGAAUCAAAUACUACCAACCAAAUUCGUUUCAGAAUGUUUGGUUAAGCCGAAGUUUGAUGAAAUUAUUUACGAAUUAACAAAACAACCCUACUUUUUAACCCCUCUUGAUCUACUCAUGCUUUUCAAGUAUCCCAUACAAAAGGGCCUUCUUUUUAGUACCCUUAAUACUUCUAACAAUGAUGCUACAACAGAUGUUGUCUCUCAUUUGUUUGAGAAGCUCAAACACUCACUUUCCCAUGCCCUUGUCCAUUUUUACCCGUUAUCGGGUCGUUUAAAGACGGAAAAAUAUCCCGAGGAGAACGCUUGUACGAUCUCUAUCGACUGUACCGAGGGCGGCCUUGGAGCGAGGCUCAUUCGUGCAGCCGCCCUUGGCCUCACAGUAUCAGAUAUUCUCUCCCCUACUGAUGUUACUGCGGACGUGGUUUCGUCUUUUUUUGAUCUAGGUGAAAAUUGGAAUAAUUAUUAUGGUCAUACAAGAGCUCUAUUAUCAAUCCAGGUAACAGAACUCCUAGAUGCUGUGUUCAUUGGGUUUAGCAUGAACCAUUGUGUAGGAGAUGGUACCACUUUUAUCCAUUUUAUAAAUAUGUUGUCUGAAAUAUUUAAUUUUGAUAGUGAUCUUGCUAGUGUAAAGGAGGUUAUACAAAUCUCACGUCCACCCAUUUUUAACUAUAAGCCGUGGAAUGUUAAUAAGCCCGAUAACGAAGAUGUUAUGGUCAUUAAAUUUCCGUAUCUAAAUUUUGAUCAAUAUUUAGACGGUGAUAAUAAUUAUGAAUCUGAACGAUUAAUUGAGAAAAUCUUCCACUUCUCAUCAACUUCGUUGGAAAGACUUAAGGCCGAGGCCAAUCAACAAUGUGGGACAACACACAACAAUAUUAUAUCGUCUUUUCAAGCCUUAAUCGCGCUUGUUUGGAGGUCCAUAACGAAGGCUCGAAAGUUACCAUUGGAUCAACCAACUAUAUGUAUCAUACCUGUAAAUGCUCGACCUCGACUUAACCCACCCAUUUCGGAUGACUACGUUGGGAACUUCAUUAGUGGAGCUCAUGGAGCUUGUAAGGUGGAUCAGUUAUUGGGCCAUGAUUUGGGCUGGGCUGCAAUGAGUUUAAACAAAUCAAUUACGGCCCAAAAUGAAGAACAAAUACUUGGUUUUUUCAAAAGAGUUAUUGAUGACCCAAAAGUCACGGCUCCCUCUAAAGGAGUGGAUCCUUUAAGAGGGAAUAAGGUUUCGAUUGGAGGGUCGUCGAGGUUUGAUAUGUAUGGACCUCAAUUUGGGCUGGGACGAGCUUUGGCUGCCCGCGUCGGGUUUGGAAAGGGUGAAGAUGGAAGGGUUAAUACAAACCCGGGAUGUGAAGGAGAAGGAAGUAUAGAUUUAGAAAUCUGUCUUAAACCUGAAGUUAUGGCAGCCCUUGAAGCUAAUGAGGAGUUCAUGUGCUAUGUAACUUCAACCUAG